AUGGCCCUAUCGCCCUUCGAGGAACUGAUCGUCCCAACUCGGUACGACGGUGACCAGUGUCGUUACCCAUCCUACGAUUCGGAUACCAUACACACGAGGCAACCGCGGCCGCCCCCGAACCGCGUCCAGAUAAAUAGUCGCCUUCGUGCGAACACCGCCAUCAUGUAUCAGGCGCAAAACAUCUACUUCAUUUGCGGUUUCGCCGCCAUUGGCGGUGGCCUAUUCGGCUUUGAUAUCAGUUCCAUGAGCGGUGUUCUAGGGACUGGAGCCUACAAGAGAUACUUUAGGAAUCCUACAUCAUACCGCCAGGGUGGUAUUACGGCUUCCAUGCCUGCCGGCUCCCUCGUCGGAUCUCUCGUCUCUUCCUUCAUUGCCGACAAGUACUCUCGCAAGGUCGCUCUCCAAUUCUCCUGUAUUCUGUGGACCAUCGGUGCCAUCCUUCAAUGCGCUUCCGUCAAUGUCGGCAUGCUUUGUGUCGGCCGUGUCAUCGCGGGCAUGUGUGUCGGUAUCGCAUCCUCCAUUGUGCCCGUCUACCAGUCCGAAAUCGCCCCCAAGGAGAUCCGUGGUCGCGUUGUUUCGCUCCAGCAGUGGGCAAUUACCUGGGGUAUCUUGAUUCAAUACUUCAUUCAGUACGGCGCCGCCGAGGGCAUUGGAAAAGGCUCCACUGAUCCCGACCAGCCGACCGCCGCUUUCCGCAUUCCUUGGGGCGUCCAGAUUGUCCCUGCCGCUGUCCUCUUUGUUGGAUUAUUCUUCUUUCCUUACAGUCCUCGUUGGCUUGCUAGCAAGGACCGUUGGGAUGAAGCCAUUAAGGUCCUCGCUCAUCUUCACGGCAGCGGCGACGUCAACCACCCCAAAGUCCUGGCACAGUACCAAGAAAUCGAGGAGGCCCUUCGAUUCGAGCGAGAAGAGAACAUUUCUAGCUUCAAAGGUCUCGUCGCUCCCCGCAUGUACAAGCGUGUGUUGCUCGGCAUGAGUAUCCAGAUGUGGUCCCAGUUGUGCGGAAUGAACAUCAUGAUGUACUACAUUGUCUACAUCAUGCAGGGUGCCGGCAUAGGCAACCCGCUACUUACUGCAUCUAUUCAGUAUAUCAUCAACGUCGUCAUGACUCUUCCUGCCAUCGUCUUUAUCGACAAGCUCGGCCGUCGUCCCUUGCUCGUCGGCGGCUCUUUUAUGAUGAUGACCUGGUUGUUCAUUUCUGGCGCACUUCAACAGUACUAUGGACAGCCCAACACCGAUGAGACACGCAACCCCGACAAUGAGUCUGUUACCUGGCUCGUCCUCAACCAGAGGCCAGUCUCCUCUGCUAUCGUCUCCUGCUCGUACCUCUUUGUCGCAACCUUUGCCACCACAUGGGGUCCUGUGUCAUGGACUUACCCUGCCGAGAUCUUCCCGAGUAAGAUUCGCGCCAAGGCCGUCUCUUUGUCCACUUCGACCAACUGGUUCUGGAACAUGAUUCUUGCUUUUGCCGUUCCCCCUCUGUUAUGGAACAUCAACUACAAGAUGUAUUAUAUCUUUGCGACAUUCAAUGCCCUGGCAUUCCUUCACACCGCAUUUUUCGCGCCCGAAACCAAGGGCUUCACACUUGAGGAGAUGGACGAUGUUUUCAACUCUGGUCUUCCAGCCUGGAAGACCCAUCAGAAGAAAUCUCGUCUUGACGACAUCGAGCGAGAGAUCGCCGCCGGCAAUCUUAAGGUCUCUCGCCACGGCGCGGUUGCAGAUGAGGAUAACCAUGAGGUCGUCGCCGAAACUGAGAAGAAGGGAACCGCUGUCUGA